AUUACCGAGAGCGGAGCGGGGUCAACGGACGCUGGGUGGGAGACAUCUCGCAAUGUCUUCCCGCUAUUUUUGGUCAAUCACCAAAAGAAAAUCCUUAAAACUUAGUCAAAGCUUGAGACCUUAACCACCGAGUCGACCGUCCAGCUUCAAGCUACCAACGCAGGAACUCGUACAUCACACCAUGGAAUCUUCAUGUGCGUAAAAAAUGUCGAAUUUGGACGCUUGGAGUCUGGCAAUUCAACCAGGAAACCGGCCUCAUGUGCGGGGCCACUGCAACAUUUUAACGGCGCUGACAUGUUGCGGCGUCGUCGUCGACUCGUCGUCGCGUAAACUGACUUGAACUUUGCUGUAGGCCUACAGAACUUGUCAUAAAAACUUGUGUUUCACAGAACUGAACUGGACUUGCAUUCCUGUGCUGAACUGAACUAAAUGGACAUGUGGAAUUUCUGUGAACUCGUAAUUUUGUCGAAUGAUCUGAAUGACGUUUUUGGAAAAUACUGAAGUCAAGCGUUUGGAGUUCGUCGGGGUAAGUCCAACUUUAAAUAAGGAACUAUUGAGAUUCACUGAGGAUCAGAGUGAGAUUUCAACAUGGAUCAGAAGAAAAGGUGUAAAGGUUUAAUGGAACGCCUGCGCGACGGUGAGACGGUCAUCUGCGCAGAGGGAUAUCUCUUCGUGUUCGAGCGACGCGGCUAUUUGACAGCCGGCUCAUAUGUGCCGGAAGUAGUUCUGGAACAUCCGGAAUUAGUGCGGCAACAGUACGAGGAAUUCGUCCACGCCGGAAGUGACGUCGUGCUGGCAUUCACGUACUACGCGCAUCGUGAGAAGAUGGCGCUGAUUGGUCGAGAGGACGAUCUGCAGCGAAUCAACAAGCACGCACUGCGCAUGGCACGUGAGGUGGCUGACCAAACUGGUACUCUGAUGGCUGGUAAUAUUAGCAACACCAACCUCUUUGUGGACAGCGUGCCCAAUUAUCGAGAGAAAGUUUGGCAGAUCUUUAAAGAACAAAUAGAAUGGGCUGUAGAAGCGGGAGCUGAUUUCAUUGUGGGGGAAACCUUCAGUGAUUUCGGGGAAGCCUUGAUGGCCGUGAAGGCGUGCAAGGAAUUCGCAAAAGAUAUUCCCUGCGUGGUAACGAUGGCGGCUCAGCAGGGCCAAGUGAACGGGAAGCCGACUACUGUAGACGGAGUGGACUACGUCGACGCGUUCAACAAGCUAGCGGAGGCGGGGGCCGACGUGGUGGGACUGAACUGCGCGCGUGGCCCGGCCACCAUGCUGCCCGUAAUGGAAGAAGCCGUCAAAGUUUGUAAGGCACCCCUAGCCGCUGUUCCCGUUAUGUACCGCACAACUAAAGAGAAUCCGAACUUUAUGUCGUCCAAGGAUCCUCUGACGGGUGAGUCACUGUUCCCUGUGAAUCUGGACUGCAUCGGGUGCAAUCGUCAGGACAUCCACGACUUUGGCAAGCGAGUGCAGGAGCUGGGCAUCAAGUACGUGGGUCUGUGUUGCGGCAACUCGGCUCACCUGACCCGGAGCCUGGCCGAGAGUCUGGGCCGAAAGCCCCCGGCCUCCCGCUACUCAGCAGACCUGAACAAACACUGGCUGCUGGGACAUGACGACAAACUGCCUUCGGUAGGACAAGAAUCCAAGACAAAAUAUGCUCCCAAAUUGACCAAAGUUGAGAAAUAAACAAACAUAGGCCUAUACUUACACAACUGAAAAACAGGAAAGAUGUGUGCCAGUUGAUGACUUAAAAGUGAUUUUGUUUUUCAGGCCUUGGUGCUGCAUUGAAACAAAUAGAGUUCAUAAUUUUUAGAAGACACUGUUGGAAAACACACACAAUUAUUUCUGACUUGAAACUUCAAACCUCAAAGAAAUAGGUCCUCUUAAUAAUAUCGACCAUAGAUGACCUCAUAAGGGUACUCCCCCAGACUGACCAUUACGUCAGUCCAUAGUCAGUCUACCUUUACUCAGAAAUGAUGUCAUAUGUUUUCCUCAUAUGAAAUCAUAUCUUAUUUUCACCAAAGUUGCCCCUCUGAAAAUGCAUAAAGUGUCCACAUUUUCCCAUUUUCAUUGAGUUCUCCUUCUUCUCCCUGGGAAACCAGAGGCAUGGCCAUACGCUGAUUCAGCCCUAUGCUCUGGCCAGUCUUCAUCUACGAUAUUCUGUCUUCUGUCUCCUACUUCUGUAAUUAUACAAGACCCGGUAGAAUUGAGUUCUUGAACAUAAAAUAGUUUCUCCAUAAAGCUGAGCUUACACCAGUGUGUCGUAUUCUUCGUGUUCAUCGUUCAUCCCGCUCAUAGCCACAGCUACCGUAACAUAACAUAUAACAUCUCAAAGACUUCAAUAUAACAUCCCAAAGACAAUACUUCUGAUUACGUCUGGGAUUACCGCUCAGGCUAUAGUUUUCUAAAAGGUAUAUUUCUUCGAUAAAGACAGGAUUGUAUUGAUCAAAACGAAGUUUGAUUUAAAAACAUUAAGAUUGUGUAUAUUUUUUUUGUGUUUUGCUUCCUUCGGAUAAUACCAUUAUUAGAUUCAAGAACUUAGUAAGGUUACAGUAAAUUCUCACACAUUCCUAAUAAACAUAGUGCAGAGAA